AUGGAAAAUCUUGGAAUCGACGAACAAAUCUAUUACGACUUCAAAAAUAUUCGGCCGACAAUCGAAAAGGACCACAUUCGUUCGACUCCCGUUGAUUUAUAUCUUUCUUUCUUCAAAACUUUUGAUGUUUUUUACAAGACCUAUCACGAAUUCAAUGGAAAACUUCAUUGGUCCCAGAUAAGCUCAAAAUUUUUGGAAAAUCUCGAAAAAUUGAACGAAGGGAAUAAGGUGAUCGUUGCCGAUCGUGUGGCUCUUACGUUUUAUUUUUGGAAUUGUUUUCAAUACCACAGAUUCACCCGUAUUCCAAUUAAGCGCAUUUAUUAUAAUCGCGACGAUUGUGUCGAAAUUCGCUCGACGGCUGGAAUCGGCCAACAACUCGCACAUUUCUUAAAACAGAAUCGCGAGGAAUCGACGCCGAAAAAGCGGAAAGGCGUCGAAAAUGAUGAGAAUGGCGGACAAUUAUUGAUCGUCUAUAAUCGAAUUGUUCCACCAAAUAAUUAUAAAACAUUAUUUCGCCAUGAUUUUCGAACACCACGAUCAGAGAAAUACCCAUCAAUGAGUUGCCAGAAACGGCUUGACUUGAAAAAGUUGGCUGACAUUUUCAUUCGGAAGAAGGGGUUCCUUCAAGAGCUCAUUGAAGACUCAUGCGAGUUUGAAGAGGAUUCUGAAAAUGAUGAAAAUCUUCUUCCCAGAUACAGGUAUUAUAAUCUCGAAGAGCAUUUUGUGAUUGGUAGAAAAUGUCGAAAAAGGUUGGACUCAACGAGCUCUUCAUAUAGUGUCAUCUCAAAUACGGAUACAUUUGAACAAAUUUAA